AUGGCUCUUCCAGAGGGGACCGAGCCUGAGCCGCCGUCCGCGAGGCCUGCCAUUUGGCGCAGGAUCCUGGGCAAGCCAAGCCUUCCGCCGCCAUCUGUUCCUACACAGCUGCCGCGGAGCUAUCGUCUUGAGCCCGAGGAGCCGGUGCCGCCUCCCUCCGCGGCGCACGUGGCUAGAAAGGUCGUUACCGGCCUUCCUCGGUCUCAGACAUUCAAGAGGCAACAGUCUGAGCAGAGGAUGCACUUGGCGCCCGUCACGCCCUCGGCAGACGAGCGAAGAGCCUGUUCGGUCGACAGGCGUGCAAGCAGUCUACAUAAGCAAGCAGGAUCCCAAUCAAACGCCGAUCCUCGUGCCAGCGCCCCCGUCGUCCUCGGCUCUGCCCACGACCAGACCGAUUCUCAAUCGCUGCGCUCCGUGCCUGCCAGUCAGGUCUAUGAAGGACCGGACGACCAGUCGCUAGACCAAAUGUCUGAUCACCUGUCAAGCCUAGGGGAGCAGAAUUCAGGUCUGGACCUGGAGGCAGUGGCAGAGACGCAGUCCAUGACGACCUCGCAGCAUGAAGCCAUAAUCAAUGACGAGCUAGAGAGGACGUGGAUCCUAAACCUCAGCAUGCACUUUCGAGACCGUUCAAAACGAGAAAAAUUCUUCGUCACGUAUCGCGAAAAGGAUCAAUUCUGGCGCCGAGUCACCAUUUCUCUCGACUACCGCUUUGCCCCGCCCAAUUCUCUUGAGAUGGACCUUAUGCACACCCAGUAUCAGCGGGAAAAGAGCGCCAGGAUCUACGAAGCCAUCCGCGAAAGCCUCCCUGACAUCAAGUUUUACGACACUGUCACCAACCUGAAGCUCGAGACUACGGAUGGUCGACUCCAUGUUCACGUCGUCGAAGACGGCAAUGAAAUCAUCAACUAUCCUCGUGUCAGUCAGGUUCGGCACUUGGGCUGUAGACGGAUCCGGGAACGCGAUAUUGUCUUUGACUCACACAUGUCGGGUUUCGUGUACAAAGUUUGCGUUAACGGCCACGGGCUUAUCAAGAAGGAGAUUCCAAGCCAGGACACGAUUGACGAAUUCUUAUACGAAGUCAACGCCCUCAACAACCUGCGGUAUUCCCGCGACGUCGUCAACUUCUAUGGCGUCGUGGUUGACGACUGCGACGAGUACAUCAAAGGCUUGCUCAUAAGUUACGCGUCUCAAGGUGCCGUGAUUGACAUCAUUUAUGAGCAUUGCAAAGAAAACAAGCGUGGCCUCCCGUGGGCUAGCAAGGCAAAGUGGGCACGACAAAUCGUCCAGGGAUUGGCGGAUAUCCACGACUCUGGUUUCGUUCAAGGCGACUUCACCCUCUCCAACAUUGUCAUUGACGACGCCGGCGACGCAAAGAUUAUAGACAUCAACAGGCGGGGCUGCCCUGUGGGCUGGGAGCCUCCCGAGGCGACGGCCCUGCUUGAGGCGGGCCACCGCAUCACCAUGUACAUUGGCGUCAAGUCCGAUCUCUAUCAACUGGGCAUGGUGCUUUGGGGCCUUGCGGUGGAGGAGGACGAGCCGGAAAUCCACGGACGACCGCUCAUGCUCGGCCCCGAAGUCAACGUGCCCGACUGGUAUCGGCAAAUAACGGAAAUCUGCCUCAGCCCUGACCCGAGAAUGCGCCUGCAGGCAUCCUCGCUUCUUCAAUUCUUCCCCCCCGACGCUGCUGAUGACGGGGGAGUGUACGCCAAGGCUCAUGCUAUCUCGGUCGAUGACGGGCACUCGCUCAACCAGUAUUUCAUCGACGGUUAUCGCACAGACGGCCGGCCACUGAUUCGAACGGUCGAGCCUCUCAGUGACUGGCCUUACUCGGGCAGGACCUACGUCGACACGAGCCCGGUGCCGUACGAGCUAUACUUGCCGAGCCGUGGGCGAUCGCCCCCAAGCCCGCUGCCAAGCGAUCUGGACCUGUGCGAGUCGUCACGAGACCCGCUAAGCAAAACAUCGUGGGCUGCUAACAGGAGCGUGAGGCCGUCGUAUACUGACAUAGUGGAAGAUGAGACCAUGUCGGACAGCAUAUCCCAGCGCGAGGGCGAGCACAAUCACCAAACGCUAACGCCGACAAUGGAUGACAGGACCUCUGAGGCGCAGGAAAACACUGGUGGUCGAAACACGUCGGAGACACCGGCUGCAGGUCGCGCAGAUCAACCACCCUCGGCCGCCGCGUUGUUCGAUCAACAUGAGACGGGCGAUGGAGACACAAGAUCCCUGGAAGAGCCCGCGGUUGUGCAGAACGAGGAAAGCCGCCAAGCGGCGGCACCCAGAGCGACAAUGCCAAGGCUUACCAGGGAGCAAACUGCCUUCAUCGUGGAGCUGCCCAGGCCAAGGCUCAGCCCCGAGGCGGCCGAUGUCAUGCGGGAAGAGACCGAGGGUCGACAAAGGACAGCAGACAGUUGCACAGCAGAUCCUGUGCGAGGAGAGCCACAAUCGCAGCUGGCCGCUGUCGAGGACGGCGAUGUCGCAACAGGAGGUCUGGGGUACGAGCCAGAGUACGUGGCUGCACAGGCGCCCAGGAGCACAGAUGUGGGCGUCGAGUCAUAUGAUGAUGGCAGAAAGGAAGAGCCAUGGUCGAUUGAUCGUGCGGCCCCCCGGUCGGGGAACGCACCGUACGCAGCCACGGAUCGCUCGGCCUUGAUGGGCAAUGGCUUCUCAGAGUACCCCCGGCAGAUGGCGCUGCCCGUGUCGUUGACGGGGGUGGGGGCGGCGCACAUGGGCAUCGACGACGAGCUAAUGCGAGAGAAGGGCAUUAUUGACGACGACUUUGGAGCGAUGGUGCGGCCGACGUUGGCAGGGCGUUUGAUGACGACAGAAUCAUCGCCGUGA